AUGGUUUACAACGCGUAUAUAAGUCCAUUAAGAGUAAUUCCGGGACCAAAAUUAUGUUCAUUAUCAGAAUUUUCAAUUAUGAUAAGAAGGCCUGAAGGUCGUGUUUUUGAAUGGUUUUAUCAAUUACAUCAUAAAUAUGGUAGCGUUGUAAGAGUUGGUCCAAAAUUCAUUUUAUUUUCUUCCAAGGAAGCUGUUAGACAAAUUCUCGUCAUCAAUGAUUUACCAAAAAUUGACUCUAUUGCUGGAAUUCGAGCUGACCCAGAAAUUGCAACUUUAUUCUCUGCAACUGAUCGAAUUUUUCACAAACAACGAAAACGUUUAUUAUCACCUGCAUUCUCCAUUAAAUAUAUCGCAUCACUUGAACCAUUAAUGCAAUCAUGUAUAAAUGUACUUGUCGAUAGAAUAAAGACCAUCUCAUCAAUCACAAGUAAAUCUGACUUGGCACUUAAAUUUAACGAAAAUGGUUUACCAAUCGUUAAUAUUCAUCAAUUAAUUCAAGCAACAUCAUUAGAUAUUAUUGGAGAAACGGCAUUUGGAGAAUCAUUUAAUUUAGUUGAAAAGGGUGAUCAUCCACUUCCAGGAAAAGUUUUUCAAGAAUUAAAAAGACGUGUAUUAUAUCAUACUUUUCCUUAUAUGAGACCAUUUUUAAAGAAAGAUUCUUGGACGGACGAAUUUAUUCAAAAGAUUAUUAAAGAACGUAGAAAUUUAAAUGCUCAAGGAAAAACACGUGAAGAUAUCCUACAAAUUAUAUUGGACACUCGAGAUGAAGUAACAAAUGAGGGAUUAAAUGAAUUUGAAAUUCAAGAUCAAAUUAUGGAAUUUUUAAUUGCUGGUAGUGAUACAAGUUCUUUCAGUAUCAAUAUGGCAUUAAUUAUGUUACUUCAUCAUCCAGAGAAAUUGCGUAAUCUUAUAAAUGAAUUAUCAUCAGCUUUUCCUAAUGGACCUCAAUCACUAAAUCAUGAAAAUCUUAAAGAUCUUAAAUAUCUUAACGCGGUUAUCAAUGAAAUUUUACGUCGUUUCCCAGCAGCAAUGGGUGGAAUAUUACGUCAAACGAACAGUGAUAUGAUGAUUGAUGGAUAUUUCGUACCAAAAGAUACAAUUGUAUCAGCAUCAAUAUAUCAAGUACAACAUUCAAAAGAAAUUUGGGGUGUAGAUGCUGAUGAAUUCGUACCAGAACGUUGGAUAAAUGGUGAUUCCGUAAAAUUAAAACGAAAUAUUUUUACAUUUGGCGCUGGUUCAAGAUUAUGUAUUGGAAAUAAUUUUGCUAUGAUGGAAAUAAGAUUAGUAUUAGCUUCUUUAUUAUUAAAUUUUGAAUUUGAAAUGGUAGAAAAGCAAGAUUUACAAAUUGUACAAUUUAUUACUCCAAGUUUAAGGAGUAAAAAGUUUGAUGUUGGUAUCAGAGUUAGAAAUUAA